AUGCAGGCUCUCUGGCGACGCGGCACAUCUCUCUUCUCAACACCAUCCGGGUCCCCCAAAGACUCCGGGGCUGCUGAAGACUUCCGAACAGCUUCAAGCCCCGACAAGCUAUUCACCAAGGUCGACCCCGCCAUUGACGGAGAAGAAUGUCUCCACGACUGCGCUUCAUGUACCGUUCGGUACCCGGCUAAGUUCGAUGUGGACCAGGAAGAUACCCUGUACGGAAACGUCAACGGAUGGUCGACACACCUGCUCGUCGCGACCGGGAAAACAGACUGGGUACGUGAUGUAGCGGACGAACAGGGCAGUGUGAUGGAAGCGAUUGAGAAGGGGGGGCUGGAGCCCAGUAACGGGCAAUAUCAGAACUUGAAGCUAUCGGCCUCCAACAUGCCCGUUCCGGAUGAAUACCACCACCACGACUCAGGAAAACAACCAACAACUGUCCUGCUCCUACCCAGCUUCACCAUCAUCGACCACGUCACGCCAGCCCUGGCCCCUGACCUGAUCAAGUACAUUGUCAAUCCCGCGCCCACGACCACUACGCCCCUGGGGGCUGUCCCGGAGCCGGUAUCCGCACCCACAUCAGAGGACCAACCACAACAGCCACCCAUCUCAGACCUCCUAUCGCAGACACCCCUCCGCUCGCGUCCCUGUCCCCACGCCGCGGUGAUCCUUCUCUGUUCCCAGCGCACGCGGGACGCCCGCUGCGGCCAGUCUGCGCCGCUUCUCCGCAAAGAAUUCGAGCGCCACUUGCGCCCGCUAGGAUUGUACCGCGAUCUUGAUGACGGGCGACCCGGCGGUGUCGGCAUCUACUUCAUCAGCCACGUUGGGGGUCACAAGUAUCUGCGAAUGUGA